AUGGAGACGUAUGGAAAGUUGAACAAGAAGCAGAAGCUGAGCAAUGCGGUGCAGAACUGGGGAACACAGCGUGCCACAAACGUUACCUAUCAAGCGCACCAUGUCAGCAGGAACAAACGCGGGCAAGUGGUGGGCACGAGAGGCGGCUUCAGAGGAUGCACUGUAUGGCUCACUGGUUUGUCUGGCGCCGGAAAGACAACAGUUAGCAUGGCCCUGGAGGAGUACCUGGUCUGCCACGGCAUUCCUUGCUACACACUGGAUGGUGACAACAUCCGCCAAGGCCUCAACAAGAAUCUGGGCUUCAGCCCUGAAGACCGCGAGGAGAACAUCCGGCGCAUCGCGGAGGUGGCGCGGCUCUUUGCUGACGCCGGCCUGGUCUGCCUAGCCAGCUUCAUCUCCCCAUAUGGCAGGGAUCGUCUUAACGCCAGGAAGAUCCACGAAGUAGCUGGGUUGCCUUUCUUCGAAGUGUUUGUGGACGCGCCGCUGGAUGUGUGCGAGCAGAGAGACGUCAAGGGCCUAUACAAGAGAGCCAGAGCGGGCGAAAUAAGAGGCUUCACCGGAAUCGAUUCUGAGUACGAGAAACCGGAAGCACCCGAGUUAGUGCUGAAAACCGAUUCUUGCAGCGUGAACGAGUGCAUCCAGCAGCUGGUCGACCUGCUUCAGGAGAGGGACAUUGUACCGGUGGACGCGUCCUACGAGGUUAAAGAGUUAUACGUUCAAGAGAACAAAUUGGACCUUGCCAAGGCUGAUGCGGAGACGCUGCCCGCUUUUCAGAUUGGAAAGGUUGACAUGCAGUGGGUCCAAGUGCUGGCUGAAGGCUGGGCCACACCACUCAAUGGCUUCAUGAGGGAGCGAGAGUAUCUUCAGUGUCUCCAUUUUGACUGCUUGCUAGAUGGUGGUGUAAUCAACCUUUCGGUGCCAGUGGUGUUGCCGUUAUCUUCAGAAGACAAAGAGCGUCUGGAUGGCGUGACCGCAAUGGCGCUGGUUUACGAAGGCAGGCGAGUGGCCAUACUUCGCAACCCCGAGUUCUACGAGCACCGCAAGGAGGAGCGCUGCGCCCGCCAAUGGGGCACCACCUGCAAGAACCAUCCCUACAUCAAGAUGGUGAUGGAAAGCGGCGACUGGCUCGUCGGCGGCGACCUGCAGGUCCUCGAUAGAAUCUAUUGGAAUGACGGACUGGACCAGUACAGACUGACGCCCACCGAGCUUAAACAGAAGUUUAAAGAAAUGAAUGCAGACGCUGUGUUCGCCUUCCAGCUGCGCAACCCGGUUCACAACGGUCACGCCCUGCUGAUGCAGGACACCCAUAAGCGUCUCACGGAGCGUGGGUACCGCCGACCCGUGCUCUUGCUGCACCCGCUAGGCGGCUGGACCAAAGACGAUGAUGUGCCACUGCCGUGGCGCAUGAGGCAGCAUGCCGCCGUGCUGGAGGAAGGGGUCCUUAACCCGGAAUCCACCAUUGUUGCCAUCUUCCCCUCGCCCAUGAUGUACGCCGGGCCCACUGAGGUACAGUGGCACUGUCGCGCUCGAAUGGUGGCCGGCGCGAACUUCUACAUCGUGGGGCGUGACCCCGCCGGCAUGCCACAUCCCGACACGGGGAAAGACCUGUACGAACCCACACACGGGGCCAAAGUCCUUACCAUGGCUCCGGGCCUCAUUACCUUGGAGAUUGUUCCCUUUAAGGUCGCCGCUUACAACAAAGUCAAAAAAGCCAUGGACUUCUACGAACCUAAAAACCAUCAAGACUACGACUUCAUCUCGGGCACACGCAUGCGCACGAUGGCCCGCCAAGGCGACAACCCCCCAGACGGUUUCAUGGCACCGAAGGCCUGGGCCGUGCUCAAAGAAUACUACAAGUCCCUGGAGAAGCCAGAGAAGGAUCCCCAUGUGCUGUCUGUCCUUGUUGCGUCUUUGUGUUCUAACCCCAUGUCUGUGUCCAUGCUCCAAUUGAGCCUGUAUCCCACCAACUUGGAGCCUUACCUGGGCUCCAAGUUGGCCAUCUACACUGGACCUCCACGUGGUGGCCUCCGGGGAUACCCAGGUCUGGGCCGUAUUGCCAGCGCCCCACCACUGUCCAUAAGCCUCGGCGUGCUUGUCCACGCCGUCGGAAUGGGCCCCUUACGACUCCACGGCUUCCUGAGCCGGGUUUCGCAGUCAAGUGCCCUUGGCGGCUCCUCGCAGUCAAGUGCCCUUGGCGGCUCCUCGCAGUCAAGUGCCAGCGCCGGCUCCUCGCAGUCAAAUGCCGUGCCGGCUCCUCGCAGUCAAGUGCCCGUGCCCAUGCGGCUCCUCGUAGUCAAGCGGCGACCCAGCCAGUCUGUCAAUUGCUUUUCUAAGCAGGAAAAAAUCCCUUUCACGCUUAUCUCCCCAAAUAAAUGA